AUGCUGAGCUCCAAGAUCCUCACUGUCUUCGCUCUAGCGACGCUUGCGGCUGCUGACGACUACACCACCGACGACUACGACCAAGGCAGCACCUACACUGACGAAGGCAGUAGCUACACUGACGAAGGCAGUACCUACACUGACGAAGGCAGUAGCUACACUGACGAAGGUACCAGCUACGGUAGCGGUAGCUUCGACUACAGCGCGCUGCCGGCGUACACGUACACGUUCGACCCGGAGUACUCGGCCGGCGUUAGUGGCACCAUUAACGUGCAAUAUGGCGGUCCAUUCUCCACGUUCGCCGUGAUAUCAGCCGAUCUGGACUUCGGCGACGUGGAUCAAAGCGAGAUCAUGGCGUUCGACGGCAACUGCACCGAGGAGGUGACCGAGUACAAGUGGCACAUCCACGUCAAGUGGCCGCACGACUACGACUCCGAGUCCUUCGAGCAGUGCGGACUGGCGAUCACGGGAAACCACUACGACCCGCUCAAGGCGUGUGGCCCCAACUCGGAGUUCGUCGGCACGGAAGAAUGUUUACUCAAGAAACCGGAAUACAACUGCAAUCCGGACGAAUACGCCAGAGACCCACUGGUCUGCGAGAAGGGCGAUCUGGCUGGCAAGUUUGGAGACUUCAAGCUGGACGACAGCAAGAAGGUGAGCGAAGAGUACUUCGACCUCAACUACCCGCUGCCGGAGGAAAACACGCCCGAGUGGAAUAUGAUCCUCCACGCUGUGUGCGGCAAAGUCACUCCUCGUAUCGCCUGUGCUGUGGGCAAGCAGACGUCGGGUUGGAGCUCGCUCUCGGGCUCGUACUACAAGUAAGCCGAACUCCGUCGGCCAGCUUGAGCUUGAUGCAUAUUACCAACGUGCAACCUAGUAUUAGCGCACAAUAUUCGAUGUGCUCAGGGUUCUUUGCUACCUUGAGGCAACUUUAUCAAUUCGUUUUACCACAUUACCUUGCU